GUUUAACACAUGCAACCACUAGAGUGCACUGACUGCUCUGACUGUACAUGGGUCUCUUUUUCAUUAUACUUAACAAAUAGCCUGUUCGAUGUGGAUCAUGUUGGAAGCGAUGCUGUUUGGAUCCCUGCUUCUUUAUCAGACAGUGGUGGUACGGUACUUUGAACCUACUCUUGUCACAUGUCUUGCGGAGCCCUGGUUUCGAGAGUUGGGUUUUGCUAUAUUUUAUGGGAGCAUUGUUCUCAAAGUAUACAGGAUCUUAGCCGAAUUCCAGACUAGAAAAGCCCAUCGUGUCUGUGUCAGAGACAAAGAUUUGCUGAAGUACCUGCUUGGAAUUGCACUGAUCGUCAUGUGUUACAUGGCUGCUUGGACUGCAGUUGUUAUGGACAACGUCACUAGAGGGCACGACAUUAUUGACCAGCAGGAGACCUUAGACGGGCUUAAAUAUUUCACCUGUAGAGCUCUUUGGUGGGACUAUGUUACAGAAGGAGGUGAGUUUUUAUUUCUUCUUUUGGGAAUCUACCUGACUUAUUGUAUCCGUAACGCAAGAAAAGAAUUUUACCGGGAGAAAUGGCCACUUUGUGCUGCUAUUUGCAUCGAGACUGUCGUCUCCAUUACCACUCAUACUGUCAGACGUGUGAUGUGGUUGUCUCUUGGUCAGGACUACUUGUUUUUUCUCUAUUUUCUCCGAUACCAGCUGACGGUCACAUUCAUUCUUGCGCUCAUUUUCGGACCAAAGCUGUGGUACCACCAUAGACCAUCUGAUCCCAAUCGACACCUCUCUUGUGACAUACAAGAUCACCUACCAGACUCUCUGAAGCUACACGAAGCCAUUAUGUCAAAUGGGGAAGUCGACUUAGUGGAAAUUAACUUGGCAGAUAUGGAUCCAGAAGAUAUUAGGGCUGAACUACGACGUGUUUAUACUCAACUGCAAGCGCUACGUAACAAAACUAUGAGAAAAGAUAAUCCCCACAUUUCCAAGAGAAGAGGUGGCCGGAAGGUGACCCAUCGCCGGUUUUCUCUGCAGCCGUUCCAUCACAAACAUAAGCAGCAUCAUGACCACGAUCACGAAAUCACCGAGGUUUCUAAGACGCCAGAGGACUCAGUAGCGAGUAUAGAGGGCGCGCCAGGACAGACAGAGGGCACGUCAACCUAUAAUGAAGACGUAGUAUCUACUCCAACGGUCAGUUUUAAAACUGGACUUAAGUAAAAAAAAGUUAAGAGUUGGUCGAAAGUACUCAUUCAAGGUGCUAGUGUAAUACUGAAAGAUUCUCAAAGUGGGAUUAUUAUGAUUAUUGCUUAUCAAAGAAAAACGGUUCCAAGACGGAUUUCAGCCGCUUAGCUUUCUUUGGUUUAGAGUUAGCAUAUCGAAGGUAAAUCUCAUUGUCAUUCUUAGCAAAGGUUUCAUCAGCCAUGGAUAGUUUUUGAUAAUUCUUAAAUUCAAAGGAAGUAAACGAGAAAGGAGCAAAUGUGAUCAGUUUGUUUUUUAAAAACAAAAUAAACAACUUUCUGAAACCUGCAAUGGUAUAAUAUUAAACUAAAAGCACGUGCGUGUUUUUAGUUCGUUUACCAUUACUGUUUUGCUUAACCUUUCCACACAGCCUCAUAGUCUUUUAAACUAAUUUUCAAAUCAUCGCUAUUGAAAAUCUUCUUAGUCUGACGUCACAAGUAGGGCUGGUGACGCUUUUUUAAUGUAAAUAUUAUAUUUCUAUAUAAUUAUAAAUCAUGAACGCUUUCUUUUACACUUUCUCAAAAUAUAUCAGACUAUCUCGGACUAUGUCAAACUUUCUCAACUAUAUUAAACUGGCAAGCUGUAUGAAAUUACCUCAAAUUAUGUCAAACUAUCUCAAAACGAGAUGAUGAGCAAAAACGUCUAUAUCUGAUCAAGUGAGCAAAGCAAAAAGAAUAAAGCAAAAGGCUUAAAGUAAUAGGGCAACAACAACAAUAAAAAACAAGUUGAGCUUUCCAACAUUAAUUUUUAUUUACAUAUUUACAAACCUUCAUGUCCCCUGAAGAUAUUGAAGGGUUUCUCCAAAUAAUAAAUCAGGAAAAAUUAGGGAAAUAUGUCAGUUAUUCCAUGUUACAGAGCCUGAGGUUUCGAGAACUGGUUUAAAAAUUGUCUAGUUUCAGAUUACGUUUAGAUGAUGGCUAACAUCGUUAAAAUAGUGAUUUAAAAGUUUGGAGUAGAUUCGUCAUGACGACUGUUCCACUUUCUAUAUUUUAAAACAUAAGAUGUCCAGAGAUGCAUCCGUCUGGUGAUUUAGACACCUUUAACUAGUGCACAACUGACAUCCUUGUUCGGUUUGUAUGUGUGUGUGUGUGGGGGGGGGGGGUGUUCAAAGGUGUUUCAUAUCGAGGGAAAGCUUUGAUGCUUAAUAUUACCCCAUUCCAACAAUUUAAGUCUGGGGAAAAAUUUUGAUGUUUACAAUAACCCCUUCCAAAUAUAUAUAUAUAUAUAUCUGCCAACGUCUCCAAAAACUGUAUUUACAGAUUAUCUUACACUAAUUUCAUAUUACCAUGCAAUGUGACAAAAACACCUAGUUUUAAUUCCAUUUUGUUAUAAUGUAUGUUAGUUCAUUGUACAGUUGUAUAUCUAGCUAAUUCACAAGUGCAUUAACGAGAUUUGUAUAUCUAGACUGUUAGUGAAGUUCAGCUAUUUAUUGUACGUAGGAACCAAAAGUGCGUGGACAGCUACUUCUCUUGUCA